ACGGCCAGAACCAGUCAGCCCGCGCCCUGCCGGCCGCCCCGCGCCUCCAGCUCUUCCCCGGCCCCGCCCGAACGCCACACGGCGGAGCCCAGCCCCAGCCCGCGUCCCAGAGCCCGCCAAGGCGCAGCCGGUCGGGGGCCGGCAGGGCGCAAGGCACCAGGGAUCCCCUCGCCGCCGGACACAGCCUCGGCGUGCCCCCAGGACCGCUAAAGUUCCUCUCGCCAGCUGCAUCCAUGCUUCUGGCGCGGAUGAACCCGCAGGUGCAGCCCGAGAACAGCGGCGCGGACGCGGGUGCAGAGCAGCCCCUUCGGGCGCGCAAAACUGCGGAGCUGCUGGUGGUGAAGGAGCGCAACGGCGUCCAGUGCCUGCUGGCGCCCCGCGACGGCGACGCGCAGCCCCGGGAGACCUGGGGCAAGAAGAUCGACUUCCUGCUGUCCGUAGUCGGCUUCGCAGUGGACCUGGCCAACGUGUGGCGCUUCCCCUACCUCUGCUACAAGAACGGCGGCGGUGCCUUCUUGAUCCCGUACACACUGUUCCUUAUCAUCGCGGGGAUGCCCCUGUUCUACAUGGAGCUGGCUCUGGGACAGUACAACCGGGAGGGGGCUGCCACCGUGUGGAAAAUCUGCCCAUUCUUCAAAGGCGUUGGCUAUGCUGUCAUCCUGAUCGCCCUGUACGUUGGCUUCUACUACAACGUCAUCAUCGCCUGGUCACUCUACUACCUCUUCUCCUCCUUCACCCUCAACCUGCCCUGGACCGACUGUGGCCACACCUGGAACAGUCCCAACUGUACCGACCCCAAGCUCCUCAAUGGCUCCGUGCUUGGCAACCACACCAAGUACUCCAAGUACAAGUUCACGCCGGCAGCCGAGUUUUAUGAGCGUGGUGUCCUCCACCUUCACGAGAGCAGCGGGAUUCAUGACAUCGGCCUGCCUCAGUGGCAGCUCUUGCUCUGUCUGAUGGUCGUCGUCAUCGUCUUGUAUUUUAGCCUCUGGAAAGGGGUGAAGACAUCAGGAAAGGUGGUGUGGAUCACAGCCACGCUGCCUUACUUCGUGCUGUUCGUGCUCCUGGUCCAUGGCGUCACGCUGCCCGGAGCCUCCAACGGCAUCAAUGCCUACCUGCACAUCGACUUCUACCGCUUGAAAGAGGCCACGGUAUGGAUUGAUGCCGCAACUCAGAUAUUUUUUUCCCUGGGGGCUGGAUUUGGAGUGUUGAUUGCAUUUGCCAGUUACAACAAAUUUGACAACAACUGUUACAGGGAUGCCCUGCUGACCAGCAGCAUCAAUUGCAUCACCAGCUUCGUCUCUGGGUUCGCCAUCUUCUCCAUCCUUGGUUACAUGGCCCAUGAACACAAGGUCAACAUUGAGGAUGUGGCCACAGAAGGAGCUGGCCUAGUGUUCAUCCUGUAUCCAGAGGCCAUUUCUACCCUGUCUGGAUCUACAUUCUGGGCUGUUGUGUUUUUCGUCAUGCUCCUGGCGCUGGGCCUUGACAGCUCAAUGGGAGGCAUGGAGGCUGUCAUCACAGGCCUGGCAGACGACUUCCAGGUCCUGAAGCGACACCGGAAACUCUUCACAUUUGGCGUCACCUUCAGCACCUUCCUUCUCGCCCUGUUCUGCAUAACCAAGGGUGGAAUUUAUGUGCUCACCCUCCUGGACACCUUUGCUGCGGGCACCUCCAUCCUUUUUGCUGUCCUCAUGGAAGCCAUCGGAGUUUCCUGGUUUUAUGGAGUGGACAGGUUCAGCAACGACAUCCAGCAGAUGAUGGGGUUCAGGCCGGGUCUAUACUGGAGACUGUGCUGGAAGUUCGUCAGUCCUGCCUUCCUCCUGUUCGUGGUUGUGGUCAGCAUCAUCAACUUCAAGCCACUCACCUACGACGACUACAUCUUCCCGCCCUGGGCCAACUGGGUGGGGUGGGGCAUCGCCCUGUCCUCCAUGGUCCUGGUGCCCAUCUACGUCAUCUAUAAGUUCCUCAGCACGCAGGGCUCUCUUUGGGAGAGACUGGCCUAUGGCAUUACGCCAGAGAACGAGCACCACCUGGUGGCUCAGAGGGACGUCAGACAGUUCCAGUUGCAACACUGGCUGGCCAUCUAAGCCUGCCUGGAAGAGAAGGAGGAACCCCCAUGCCAAUGUCCAGGUCACAGGCAUCCGCUUCGCUCCCACCCCAGACACCAUCUUAUGAUUCCCCCCUGGAAGUUGUCCUUUCUGAUCCUCUCUUCUUUUCCCAUUUACAAAUGAUUUUGUGACUGUAGUUUUUGUUCACCUUCUGUGCAUCUGGCCCGGGGGCUGUUAGCUCAGAGGAGGGGAGCAAACAGGAAAAUGACUUCUGUUCUGUCCCCGUUGUUUUGGGGGAAGUCUCUCCCACUUUGGGAUCCUGCCAAUGCUAGGUUCACGAGGUCAGAAAUCCCCACCAAGUUUGCCUAGACUUUGGGCACAGAAGUUCUUAGUCCACCAAAUCAGAGAGAGGAUGGGCUUUUGAUCAGAUACCCCCCACCCAGAAAAAACAAAAACAAAAGCAAAAAUCAAACAAAAUCUGGCUGAGUUUAGUGGGGUGGUUGGGGAAGGUAC